AUGGAUCCCUCGCACCCCCGCAGCCACCUCGAGUGCAUCGGUACGGACCGCACGCGCUGCGGCUACUGCAAGAAGCAGUACACCUCGGCCAACUUUGGCGCGUGGGCCCACAACCUCGACGUCCGCGAUUAUCAGGACAUGCUAGACGCCGGUUGGCGUCGCUCCGGCUCCUAUCUCUACCGCCCGGACCUCGUCACCACGUGCUGUCCCUCGUACGUCAUCCGUCUGGACGCCACCCGAUUCAUCCCAUCCUCCACCCAGAAGCGCGUGCUCAAGCGCUUGCGUCGCCACGCCAAUCACCCCAGCCCCCUCUCCCCUAGCUCCUCCUCGGUUUCCAACUCGUCCGCUCUGCGCAUCCCGGAUCCCCCGAAAACCUUGCAUGCCCCGCUUAUUGGGCCUUCCGCCCUCGAUGGCGGCCGUGCCAAAUUGGUACGCCUCUUGUCCGACGCCACGCACGCGGCGAUUGAUGCUGUCUUGUGUGAUUCAAAGGAUGCUACCCUCUUUCCGCCGAGAGCGCUUGUGGAUUCUGUCAGAUCAAAGGUCAAGGUCUACCCGCCACGAGCCUCCAGUAGCACCAACAAGAAGCGAAAACGAACUCCGCCGUCGUCUGCACAACCGGAGAGCCCGUCUCUCUCCGACCCUGAUACCUUGCGACUGACGAGCAAUGUCGCCCUCGUCAUCGCUUCGGCAGAACGGAUAGCGCAACCCCCCACGCAUUCGACGGAGGAAGACGUUCAGAACAGGGCCCAGGCGCGACGGAAAGGGGGUGAGAGCAAUCCUCAGAUGAAAGCAACUAAGCGGGUGCAGAUGCGUAGGCAGAUGGAAUUGGCCUCAUGUCUCUGUCGCCAUCUCGAAGCGGCCCUGCCUGAAAACCAACACGUCGACGUCACGGAGCCUGGCUUUCUAAAUUUUUUUAUAUCCAACGACGAACAAGCUGGCGAAAGCACUACGUCCAUGCAUCACGGUGUCAGCGCUCAAAAGUGCAUGGAAGUCCAGCCUGCCAAGCAGAUGGGUCUUCCAGCCGGCUUGCAAAUCCCGAUACCACCAAGCGAGGCUCUGCUUCCACAGUUUCAAGACCCCAUCACAGCCAAGACAAUUCCACUCAGUCGCAUCGGGUCAGAUGCUUCCAGCGAUAAAACAGUCGGGCCGCAAGAUGUUCCUGGGCUCAUGCAGACUGAAAGCUCGCAACUUUCCGACGGGUCGAGUGAAGCAAGAAGCGCCGGUUUGCCGCGCACUGAUGCGAUUUUACAGGAACUCUCUGAGGGGAAAUCGUUCACAAUGGAACUCGUACCCGCAGAGUAUCGCCAAGAAGCGUACGAGAUAUUCCAAAAGUAUCAGAUGACGGUCCAUCACGAGGACGCUGACCAGUGCACAGAGGAAACAUACAAGAGAUUUCUUGUCGACUCUCCGCUGACAAGAGUACGUCGAGCAAGUGAUGCUGAGCGAUUGUAUGGUUCGUACCACAUGCAAUACCGGUUAUGUGGCAGGCUUUUCGCCGUCGGCGUUGUCGACAUUCUGCCGAAGUGUUUGAGCUCUGUUUAUUUGUUCUAUGACCCAGAGUUUGCAAAACUUUCCCCCGGGACGCUGUCUGCUGUGAAGGAAGUGGAGUGGGUUAGGAGGGCUUCAACAAUUUUUCCAACUUUGCGAUAUUAUUAUAUGGGAUAUUAUAUUCAUUCUUGUUCGAAGAUGAGGUAUAAGGCGGCUUUCUCUCCGUCAGAGAUGCUUUGUGAAGAAACAAAGAACUGGAUUCCUGCUACUGAUGCUCGAAGCUGUCUCGACUCUGCAACGGGGCGAGUUUUACGAUUUGCGCCUGAGGGCAUGCCGCCGGCUCCUCAUGCAGAGGACUUUCGGAUUGAUGACGAAACUGGGCAGUUGACUGGGGACGCUAUAUUUCAGGUCAACUUAGAACGCGAUGGCUACCGAAUGUUGCCGUACCGCCUGCUUGAUGGGAUGCUACAAAUGCAGUUGCCAAGACAACGAGAAGCCGUCUUGCAAAGACUGCGGACUUUUAUUCGGCUUGUAGGAAAGGUGAAUUACAAGAAUUAUGUCCACUUACUGUAG